AUGAACCGAUCAAUUCCGCAAAUGUUCUCGUCCGCUAUCAGCGUGGGCGGAACAGGCGACACCGCACCACCUCCCGCCAAGACUGACACCCUCCCACAGCAGCAGCAGCAGCAGCAGGAGGAGGUUCGAGGAGGAGGACGAGGAGAUGUGCUGGAUGCAGAGGUAUCGCCCACCUCAAACACAACCAACGCAUACGAAGCAACAUACAACGCUCCCCCACUCGCCAACACCACGGCCACCACACAAACGACCGCUGCAGUAAUGAAAGAUGUGGACGUACCGAGGCCGCCCCCAUCUUCCAUCACCGGUAUCAACACCACCACCACCACCACCACCCAUGCUGCUGGCAGCAGCGACAAUGACGACGACAGCAAGCGCGAUGACGAUGCUGCCGCUCUGACAUCCAAGAAGAAGGAGACAAAGAAGGACAAGAAGCAGCUGAAGAAACAACGGAAACAACAGAAGAAGGAACGCAAGCGCAACAAGAAGGCAAAGGGAGCCACAGCCAGAAGCCACAGCGAUAGCGGUGCCGCACACACCAACGACAGCGACAGCGCCAGCCGCAGCGGCAGCAGCGGCAACACAGCGCACGUGCUACUGGUGACACCUGCAGCAUCGUCCACCGUCCACGACAGCGAUGAUGCCUUCAGCGACUUUGAUGGCGCGUGGCAGGCAGUACGUGACCUCGUCGCUGACACGGAUGGCGAGGAUGGUGAUGGUGAUGAUGAGCAUGAACAUGUUCAUUGUGGACGUGGCAGCGGUGCUGUUGACGACAGCGUGAGCCGGACGAGCGGUGCGCGCAGCGACACCAACCAAACGACGUCCACUGCCAGCGGCAUCCGCCACAGCCACAGCCACAGCAGCAACAGCAACAGCAGCGGCAGCGGCAGCGGUGUGUACAGCACCACCAGCCAUUCGAGCAACCCCAUGACCAGUACCCUAAGCAACAUGAGCACAGCAGCAUCGUACGCCACCACAGCAGCGUCCACAACCUCAUCCACAGCAUCAGGCUCAGGCUCAGGCUCAGGCUCAGGCUCAGGCUCAGGCACCAGUGCCGCUAAGAAGAGGGCAGGCCACAAGUCAUCGCUCACGCUGUCUGUACCGCCACCGCCCGUAAGUGUUCCCGCUGGUCGGAGGCGGAAGCGCAGCAGCACGCUGGAGGAACUUGUGCUGACGCCGUCACCGCGACCGCUGCAGCUCUCCGCGCAAUGGGACAGCCUCCCAGACGAGGUCCGCGCUUCCAUCCAGCGGACGGCAGAUGAGCUCCGCACUUCCGGUUUGGCAGGAAACAGACGCGUGUCUCUCCUCUCCCACUCCAAACACGCCAUGACGGGCGCUGACAUUGUCAACUGGCUCGUGGCCACGGAUCGUGCAGACACACGCGAAGAGGCGAUCCAAACCGGCCAACUGCUGGUCGUUGGAAAUCUCAUCCACUCCAUUCCAGACGCAAAGGAUUUCGCAGACUCGCCAUCCCUCGUCUUCAGGUUGACUGGACCAGAGCACCAUCAUCUGCCCUCCGUUCGCUCGCUGAUUGCCGAAGAACACACGCUGAUGUAUGGGUGGCUGUCCGUGCGCCGGAAGAGCCGGCGCCUCGGGUGGAAGAAGCUGUUCUGCGUUCUCUCUGCACCAUCGCCAUCACGCGUCAUCAUCUACCACUUCAGCUCCGAGCGGUCAUCACAGCCGCUGGGGUUUGUGCGCCUCUUCAGCAAGCCCGCGCCCUUUCGCGUGCGCUAUGCACAGCCCAACAAGACGAAGAACGGCUUUGUGCUGGGCGUGACAGGCCCCGACCACAAGCACAUUUGCCUGCAGGCAUCGGCGCGCUCGCCCGAGGAGCAAGAGAUGUGGAUACACGCGCUGGUGGAGGCCGGUGCAGAGUACCACGAGACGGCAAAAGAUGACUUCUCCCUGGCAAAGAACGUGUAUCAGUAUUCCGUGUUCACUCGCGCGAACAAGCCACUCUCCAUGGACGUGUACAAGGAUACUGUCCUACUUAUCACCAACGUAUCGUGCAAGGACAAGGAAGCGACAAAGAAGAUGACGCAGCUGCAAAGCCUCUACAACAGGUUCAAGGACCGUGGGCUUUGCAUCUGUGCGUUCCCGUGCGUCCAAUUUGAAGGCGAAGAUGACGACGAGGAGGACACGCGCGCAAUGAUUGAGGAUCUCAACAUCACCUUUGAUGUGCACAAGACGGUGCGUGUCAACGGGCCUGAUGCGAGCCCGCUGUUCCGCUAUUUGCGCAACACGCUUCGUGAACAGUCUCCACACGGCAUCUUUGUCAAGGACAACUUUGAGCUGUUUCUGGUCAACCAGAAAGGUGUCCCUGUUCUCCGCUUCCCCGCAAGCACGAAUCCUUCCUCCCUCGGCAGCGAUGUGGAGCGUUUGGUGGCUGUGUCGUCGUCAUCAUCAGCAGCAGCGUCCCCAUCGCGUGGUGGUGUGUCCAAACACGGAAGCCACCGCCGGCGUGCUGGUGCUGUUGUCAUGCGCGAUUGCGGUACCUCACCACUCUCCGUGACCCUCCCCAGCCACUUUGCAUACAGCCAUGAUGACACGCGUGAUGCUGCCAAUGCGAGCGUGCUUGACUUGCUCAACACGUCUGCCCCCGCAUCAGCCCACAGCAGCCGUCGUGCCGGUGGUAUCAGUGCUGGUGCCAAUGCGCCCAACAACGCCAGCGCCUCCGCUGCACAGACCCCGCACGCAUGGCACCACCAACAGCAGCAGCAGCACAAGUCGCCACGACGGCGGUGGGGCAGCAGUCCUGGGUCGCCGCUGCGAAGUGCUGGUGUCAAAUCCGUGGACAUGACGCUGCCAUACACGGGUGGUCCUGUCACCCAGCGAAGCCAACCGCAACUUGUCAUUCCAGCCCACCUGAAUGGUGGCAGCGGUGCUGUUUAUCACCACCACCACCAGCAGCAGCAGCAGCAGCAGCAAGGGCGUGUGCACCCGUUUUCACCAUCGCCGUUUGCACCGCCGUCACCGCUGCGUGGCCUUGGAUCCGCCUCCAUGCCGGAGCUGCCACUCUCAUCAGCACUGUCGCCCCUGCGAUCUGCACUUGCCCCGGCAUCAGCGAACACCACGGCAUACAACAGCCCCCUGCACUCUUCCAACGUCCAGGCACAAUCACAGCAGCAACAGCAGCAGCAGCAUCCUCACCUCAUCAACAGGUUUCAGUUCCCGCUUAGCCCUCAACAACAACACCAGCAACAACAGCAGCAACAACAACAACAGCAACAACAACAUGGGUGGUUUGGUCGCGGCGCUGGCGGCAGUGCACAGUCUUCACGUCAGCAGUUGGUGUUUGACGAACGCACACCGGCAACGAACCAGCAUGUGCUUGGGUCUUCCUCCUCCCCGAACGCAGCACGUGUCAUGCACACCAGCAGCGCUGGUUAUGCCACCAACACCAACACACUCAACCAGACGGCUCCUGCCACUGCUUCAGUCGCAGCGUCCCCGUCACGUGCGAGUGCGAUUGCGCGUCGCAGCAACUUUGGUUACGGCGUUGGUGCUGGUAACGGGAACACGAGCGGUGAUGGUGGUAAUGAUGGGGAUGGACUUGACCAGGCAUUGCUGGCAUCGCCGAGGACACACAACGCGUCGUUCCAGAGCGAAAGCCCGCUGCUGUUUGGGCCAUCCACGCGGAACGUGCUUGCAGACAAGGCCACGCCCACCCCACCACACACACUCGCAACAGCUGCAGGCGCCACGGGCAUUGCGCCAUCGUCAGCGUCAAACGUGGAAGUUGAUAAUGCCUACAACGCCGGCAGCAACAACGCCAGCUUUGCUGAGAUGGCGAGAAGUGACGCCCACAACCUCAGCACAACCAGCAUUGUCCUGUCGCCGACAAAGACGAGUGAUGGUGAGGCCAGUGGCGGCGUGAGCGAGGUGAUGCUCGUGCAAUCGCCGAAACUGGAUCAGACGACCGUGCAAACCCUCACCAGCUACGACAGCGAUGAAUUCGGAUCGUCCUCCGAGGAUGAAGACGACGACGAGGAUAACGGCGGCAAUGCACUGGAUGAAAUGUCCACCGCUGCAAUUGAGGCGGCCAUUUACGGCUCGAGCAAGGCACCACGAUACAGCCAUGAUGCAACGGAUGAGCACGUGCGCUCAUCUCUCGAGCAGCUUGGCUUGCAAGCUCUGAGUCAGCACUGUGCUUCCGAUGACCAGCAACAGCAUUCCGAUGCUGUUGCGCCGCCCAAGUCAGCUGCAUCUGUGACAUCGGUGUUCACCACUGGCUCCGCGUUCACGCCGACGAGUACAGUGGCGCCUGCUUCGGCAACAUCGACAACGUCGUCAACGGCAGUGCCGGCGGAGAGUGGGCGGUCAAGCAUCUCUGGGCCCGUGCCAAGCGUUCCAGCGAGCCAGCGUCCUUCGCGGGGGCUGUUCCUCGUGCGCGACAAGGACAGUGGUCUGGACAUGCACGCCACCCGCUCCGCCGUGAGCAGCGCGCGCGGCAGCCAGCACCACGUGGACACAACCGACCUGCAGCAGAAUUCCACGUCCACCACCAACAGCAAAGAAGCGGUGCGUGGGUCGUCUGCAAAGCAGCUGGCCAUGGCGCUUGAGCGCAGCAGCGGUGCUGGUGUGGACACGGCUGCGAUUCGUGCGGCGUUUGCCACCACCUUCACCUUUGCCAAGGGCGACAGCGCUGUGGACGUUGGCGGCAGCGGUGCGAAACCCAAGACACCGGCAGCAUCAGCAGCAAGUGCGUCGGCCCUGCAAUCACCAGUCCUGUCGUCAUCGUCAUCGUCGGGGUUGUCAUCAGCAGCGUCCGUGGAUGCAUCGGUGCCUGUCUCCCAACACGCCAUUCAGAAACUGCAACAGCAGCAGAAACAACCCCAGCAGCAAAAGGGUGCGUUUACGUUUGUGCAGCCGUCAAAGAUGCAGGCAUCACAGCAACAGCAGCAACAGAAGCAGUGCAAGUCACCGUUGAAACUGCAUCCCACGCAGGCGUCGGUGGCCGGGCAGCGCAAGGCGGGCUCUCCACUUGCCGUCUUCCACCUCCCACUCAACCGCGGCGCUGAUGACGCUGAUGCUUGCAAGCAAACCAAGACGCCAAAGCAAGCGCUCCAGGUUCCGAGCGAGCCCUCCUCCGUCGUUGGCAUCCAUCCACGCAAGCAGCUACUGAACCAACGUCAGCAACAGCAGCAGCAACUCAAAGCCAAGGGGUUUGGGGCAAUGCAGCACACCAACACAGAUGGCCCAAGCAGCGCUGCCAACGCUUCCUACACGCUCAUGCCACACCAUGACAAACAGCAGCAACAUCAACAGCAGCAACAGGUGCGGCAGUUUGGACGCCCACGCCGGCAGCCGUCGACCAUGCAGCGGUCUUUUGUAUCGCGCCGCGGCCCCUGGCCUUUGUCGUCGUCGUCGUCAUCAUCAAAGGCGCCGUUCACGACCCGCGGUGGUGGGGGUGGUCUCAACACAACGCUGCCUGUGUCCCUCCACAACCAGUCAUCGGUGUUGAACCGCAGCAGCAGCAGCCGUCUGAACCGUACCACUCUGCUCAACACGAGUCGUGCCUCUGUUCGCUCGUUCAUGCGCCGUGGCACCUCCACGCGCUCCACAUUUGUCUGA